AUGGCAACAGUGGACCACUCCGGCAGAAGAAGUGGUUCUGACGUCGUGUUUUUGUGCCCUCAGAGCUUCUCACAAGGACCCACCCUGAAAGGCCACCUGCGCACUCACACAGGCGAGAAGCCAUUUCGGUGCCCGUCAUGCCCUCAAAGUUUCUCACAUAAAACCAAUUUGAACGAACACCUACAAAUACACACAGGGAAAAAGCCAUUUCACUGUCCCUCGUGUCCUAAGACAUUUCGGAAAAGUAGUGAUUUUAACAGGAACCUUAGCAUCCACACGUGUGAGAAGCCAUUUCAGUGCCCUUCGUGCCCUCAGAGUUUCUCACAUAAAACCAAUUUCAAUGCACACCUGAAAAUCCACACAGGCAAAAAGCCAUUUCAUUGUUCUUCAUGCCCUAAGACAUUUAGGUAUAGUGGCGAUCUUAACAGGCACCUGCGCAUCCACACGGGCGAGAAGCCAUUUGAGUGCCCUUGGUGUCCUCAGAGUUUCUCACUUAAAACCACUUUGAACAUGCACCUGCGUACCCACACAGGAGAGAAGCCAUUUCAGUGCCCUUCAUGCACUCGGGGAUUCUCACAGAAGAGUGCCAUGAAGCGACACCUGCGCAUUCAUACAGGUGACCGACCGCACUGCUGCACCGUCUGCUCUAUGUCUUUUGUGCGGGCGGAUUACUUGAGUGAACAUAAAGAAAGAAAGCACCCUGACACUGUAGAUUAGGGGCGGUAUUCUGUAAGAGUCCACCUAGUGGACUGUCAACUUCGGCUGUCGCCAUUGGGUGCUGCUUCACAUGCGCGAAGGUGCCAGCUGGUCUCCUUCCUGCUCGUGAAGCAGCAGCCAAUCAGCGACAGCAGAAAUGGACAGUCCACUAGGUGGACUGUUACAGAAUACCGCCCUAGGUCAACAGCCAUGUUGAACUAGCCUGAAUUAGGACUCUGUUGAACAGAUGUACUACCUAUAUUUCAAUUGCAAUAAAACCUUGCUAAUUC